AUGGCCGGGAGGACCUGGGAGCUGCAUCUGCUGCUUUUGCUGGGGCUGGGAUUAAGGUCCCAGGGGGCCCUACCGCCACCCUGUGAGAGCCAGAUCUACUGCCACGGGGAGCUCCUGCACCAGGUUCAGAUGGCCAAGCUCUAUCCGGACGACAAGCAGUUUGUGGACAUGUCGCUCUCCACAGCUCCAGACCAAGUCCUGCAGAGGUUCAGCGAGCUGGCUGAGGCCCACAACCACAGCAUCCCCAGACAGCAGCUGCAGGAGUUCGUACAGCAACACUUCCGGGCUGUGGGGCAGGAGCUGCAGCCUUGGACGCCCGGGGACUGGAAAGAGAGCCCCCAGCUCCUGCAGAAGAUUGCGGAUGCCAGGCUGCGUGUCUGGGCAGGGCAGCUGAACCAGAUCUGGAAGAAGCUGGGGAAGCAGAUAAAGCCAGAGGUUCUCACCCAGCCUGAGCGAUUCUCUUUGAUCUACUCGAAGAACCCCUUCAUUGUGCCUGGCGGGCGCUUUGUGGAGUUCUACUACUGGGACUCCUACUGGGUAAUGGAGGGUCUGCUCCUCUCUGAGAUGGCUGAGACUGUAAAAGGCAUGCUGCAGAACUUCCUGGACCUGGUGAAAACCUAUGGGCACAUCCCCAAUGGAGGACGCGUGUACUACUUACAGCGGAGUCAACCCCCGCUCCUUACCCUCAUGAUGGAUCGAUACGUGGCUCAUACUAAUGACAUCACUUUCCUACGGGAGAACAUCGAGACCCUGGCUUUGGAAUUGAACUUCUGGACUGUGAAUAGGACCAUCUCUGUGUACUUAGAGGAAAAGAGCUAUAACCUGAAUCGCUAUUAUGUCCCUUAUGGGGGACCCAGGCCCGAGUCCUAUAGCAAAGACGCAGAACUGGCAGACACCUUGCCCGAAGGGGACCGAGAGGUGCUGUGGGCCGAGCUCAAGGCUGGGGCUGAAUCUGGCUGGGACUUCUCUUCACGCUGGCUGGUUGGAGGCCCAAACCCCAACUCACUCAGCAGCAUCCGAACCAGCAAACUGAUACCUGUUGAUCUGAAUGCUUUCCUGUGCCAGGCAGAGGAGCUGAUGAGCAACUUCUACUCCAGACUGGGGAACGACACCCAGGCUGAAAGGUACAGAAGCUUGAGGGCCCAGCGCAUGGCCGCCCUGAACGCCCUCCUGUGGGACGAGCAGAAAGGCGCCUGGUUCGACUACGACGUGGAGAACGGGAAGAACCUGGAGUUUUACCCAUCCAACCUCACCCCGCUCUGGGCCGGCUGCUUCUCUGACCCUAGCUUCGUGGACAAGGCUCUGAGAUACCUGGAGGACAGCCAGAUCCUGACCUACCAGCACGGGAUUCCAGCCUCUCUCCGGAACACAGGCCAGCAGUGGGAUUUCCCCAAUGCCUGGGCCCCCCUGCAGGAUCUGGUCAUCAGAGGUUUGGCCAAGUCCUCUUCGCCUCGGACCCAGGAAGUGGCUUUCCAGCUGGCCCAGAAUUGGAUCCAAACCAACUUUGACGUCUACUCCCAAAAGUCAGCCAUGUAUGAGAAGUAUGACAUCAGCAACGGUGGACAGCCAGGUGGUGGAGGGGAGUAUGAAGUUCAGGAGGGGUUUGGCUGGACCAAUGGAAUGGCCCUGAUGCUCCUGGACCGCUAUGGUGACCGGCUGACCUCGGGGACCCAGUUGACUCUUCAGGUGCCCCACUACCUGGUGGUUGCCCUUCCGCUCCAGCUCCUGCUCAGCUUCCUGCCAUGGUGACCAGGGACCAGCAGAGUGGCUGCACUGCCUGCUGCACUUCCUCAUCUGGCUCCAGCUCCUGCCCCAUUGAACCCCAGCACUGACCUCCUUCCCCCUCCUCCCAGCCUGCUCUGUUCACAGUGCAGUGGGACAGGGCAGUGACCUGGAGGCCAGGGGAUGGGGCCUGGGCCCUUCUGAAACCUCUAAUGGGUGUAAUCCUGCUUCAGAGAAGAGGCCACCCUACCACCCAUGUCCCCCAGCCCCGUGCCCCACAUCCUGGUUCUCCACACACUUACAUAGUCCAAAUGCUUUAUUGUUCUGCUUAUUUGUAAAUGCUUACAAAUACUGAAAAACACCCAGCCAGGCCCAGGCGACCAGGGGCCCCGUGCUGGGGAGGCGGGUAGGGGAGGUGGGCUUAGUGUUAAGGCGGCGAAGGGCUGAGGCCAGACAGCUGGAGGCUGGUCCUCCACUCUCCUUUUCCAUCACCUUCGGCUGAAGGGAGGGCAGUAGAGCUCAGGCCCCUCCCUCUCUGUCUCCCUCCUGCCCAGUCUUUCCCUCUGGGAGCCUGAGCCACCCUCCUUCCUGUGCGGAACUCAACCCUGUCAGGACCCAGAGGACGCCCUUUUGCUUCCUCUCCCGUGUGCGUCGCUGUUCCUCCGGUCAUGGAUCCCCGGCAUCAUCCCUUCUGGCUCUAAGCAAGGCACGAGUGGAAGGGAGAGGGCUGGAGUGGGGGGGGCCGCAGGCUGUGCAUCUGGGGACCAGAGACACAGGCAGGGGGCAGGGAGGUGUUCAGUCCUAUCCCCUGCAUGAGAUGACCCCAGGCCUGGGCUGGAGAGAUGAUGGCACGUACCCUCAGAUGGCCCACAGCUGAGCUGUGGGCUGAGCCAUGGAGCCGCUGCAAUUAGUAUGUAACCAUGGCAAUGAAGCGAUCACCAAGGAGACCAUGGUGAUGGUUCUCCAACAAGGGAAUGGGGCUGGGACCUCAAGGAUGGCACUUGAGGUGUCUGUCCCUCAAGCAAAUUAAAAACGUAGAAACGCGGGAGAACGGUGAGGCAGAGGGCGCUUGAGCAGUGCGCUGCCUGCGCUGCUGCCCCUCUGGAUGUGGCUCUGCUUGGCCCCCAAGGCCCCUGCAGAGGGGGCGAGGCAAGAGAGGAUCUUUGGCAGAAUCUGGUACCAUAAAUUUGUCCUUUACCAAGAGACAACAGACUGGGGACAGCAGGUCAAAGUUGAGGUUCUCUCUGUGACAGUUCCUCCAGCUGUGCAGGCCUGGCACCCAGCAGCAUCCUGAACAGAUCCUGCAAGUUCUGGGCUCCCAGGAGGCAGCAAAUCCCCUCCCCACCUUUCCUCUUCUGCGCCCAGAAACUCACAGGACUGAACUUACAGAAUAUUACAAAGUCUUGCACAAAGGCGCUGGUCGCUCUGCUUCAUCUGCCCCAUGAGGGUUGGCGCCUGCUGUGCACCUACCUACAGGGACCAGCAGAGCAGCAAGGGGCUGUGCAACGUUCCUGGGGCCAGCCUAUGGGUCCAGGAGGCCACAGCGGUCAGUUCAUAAACUGAGUGUAGCCCUCAGCCCCUGUGACGAUGACAUCCAUCCAGAUGCGCAUGGCCUCUGCAGACGGGGCCACCAUGUAGUAUAGGCGGUCAUGGGUCUUCACGCAGAAGGUGAGGGCUGGGUUGGGACUCUGCCGAGGGAAGAGAGGAAGGGCUGAGACAGUGCUCACCAGCCUGGAAUAUUCUCCUCACCUAACUCCUGUCUGCCUUUCCCUCGGCCCCAGGGAAACCCCGGAGCUUAGGGUUAUGUCCUAAAGGGGCGCAGUGCCUAGUCCCCAGGUGCACUCAGCCCCGGGCUGCAAUGCUCCUUCUCACAUCAUGGCAGUCCUGGGCUCUCCGUGCCCUCUGACCCCUGACAGGGGACCAUCCCCCUGGAGACACUGUUCC